GCGCAUGCGCAGCUCGCCAUAUUGCGCAGCAGGGCGUGAGGUGCGUCGAGACUCUCGCGGCUAACAUUGUUUAUUUUUGUUGAGCCCAGUGACCGCUUCUGCCCUCCUUUUAACAUAUAUAUUGCGCUAAACUACGUCUAACAGAGGUCUCGCUCAAAUGAAGAGCUCUUGACGUCUGUCGUCGGUUUAAAUUGUUGUAGAGUCCGGCUCAAGUGUGUUACGCGCGGUUAGCCGCUAACAAGAUUCACUUCAAAACCACCGAAGCUGGACUGAUAAACACAGACUCGUUUACAGGACACAGAACAGGUACAGUUUGGAUGGACUCUUCACUGGUGGCAGUGUUUUGCUGAAGCGAGUCUGAAGCAGCACACAGGAGUCUCUCUGAGACCUAUAACCAGCGCAGGAUGUCCAUCACAAACCCCCCCACCAGUAACGACGCCUGUCUGAGCAUCGUGCACAGUCUGAUGUGUCACAGACAGGGCGGCGAGAGCGAGACCUUCGCCAAACGGGCCAUUGAGAGUCUGGUGAAGAAACUGAAGGAGAAGAAAGACGAGUUGGAUUCGCUCAUCACCGCCAUCACCACCAACGGUGCUCAUCCCAGCAAAUGUGUGACCAUACAGAGAACACUAGACGGCCGUCUGCAGGUGGCUGGUCGUAAAGGAUUCCCACAUGUCAUCUAUGCACGGUUGUGGCGAUGGCCAGACCUUCAUAAGAACGAGUUGAAACACGUCAAGUACUGCCAGUUUGCCUUUGACCUGAAGUGUGACAGCGUGUGUGUGAACCCUUACCAUUACGAGAGAGUCGUGUCUCCAGGAAUAGAUUUAUCUGGACUUACACUCUCAGGCUCUGGUCCAUCAGGUCUGAUGGUGAAGGACGAGUAUGAUUAUGAAGCCCAGCAGUCUCUGCCCAGCACUGAGGGACACAUGCAGACGAUUCAACACCCUCCCUCUCGCCCGGUGGUCCCGGAGCCCUUCAACACGCCCUCCAUGCUCCCGCCAGCAGAGGGCAGCAGCUCGGCCUCCACCUCCGCCUUCUCCAGCAUCGCAGUGGGAUCCACAACUCAGCCCAAUAGUGUUCUCUCAGGAAGCCACAGCAGCGAUGGUCUGCUGCAGAUUGCCUCUGGGACGGGGCAGGGCUCACAGCAGAAUGGUUUCCCCCCCGGCCAGCCCUCUACGUACCACCACAACGCUAGCUCCAGCUGGACGAGGAACAGUAACUUCCCCCCCACCGUGCCUCACCAUCAGAACGGUCAUCUCCAGCAUCAUCCGCCCAUGGCCCAUACAGCACACUUCUGGCCCGUUCACAACGAAAUCGCGUUCCAGCCACCGAUAUCCAACCACCCUGCUCCAGAGUACUGGUGCUCCAUCGCUUACUUCGAGAUGGACGUUCAGGUGGGCGAGACCUUUAAAGUUCCCUCGUCCUGUCCCAUCGUGACCGUGGACGGGUAUGUGGACCCCUCCGGAGGAGACCGCUUCUGUCUCGGUCAGCUCAGCAACGUCCACAGAACGGAGGCCAUCGAGAGAGCGAGACUGCACAUCGGGAAGGGCGUCCAGCUGGAGUGUAAAGGGGAAGGGGACGUUUGGGUUCGCUGUCUGAGCGAUCACGCCGUCUUCGUCCAGAGCUACUACUUGGAUCGUGAAGCCGGUCGAGCUCCUGGAGACGCUGUGCACAAGAUCUACCCCAGCGCUUACAUCAAGGUGUUUGAUCUGCGUCAGUGUCACAGACAGAUGCAGCAGCAGGCCGCGACAGCACAAGCAGCAGCAGCCGCUCAAGCAGCAGCGGUGGCCGGAAACAUCCCCGGCCCUGGAUCUGUGGGAGGAAUCGCUCCUGCUAUCAGUUUGUCUGCGGCCGCUGGAAUCGGUGUGGAUGACCUCCGCCGGCUCUGCAUCCUGCGCAUGAGCUUCGUCAAGGGCUGGGGUCCGGAUUACCCCCGACAGAGCAUCAAAGAGACGCCCUGCUGGAUCGAGAUCCACCUGCACCGCGCGCUGCAGCUGCUGGACGAGGUUCUGCACACCAUGCCCAUCGCUGACCCCACGCCGCUGGACUGAGACAGAGACCGAGUCAACACCAAUCAGAUCUACAGCUGCAUUUACUCAAUUUGAUCAUUUUGUUUUUACCUGUGUUGCUUUUGUUCUUGAAACAUUCAGACCUUUAAGUGCACAGGAUUUAUUGAUUUAUAUCUAUAUGCAAAAGUGUUUUUCAUGAUGAUGAUGAUGCACAGCGGCCAGCUCUGCAGAGGUGCAUGCUGGGAUUCGGUUUAGUCUGUUUAAAUGAAUUUGUUCCCAGACAUUUGCUUCGUGCGGUUGCUUCACUAGCCAGUAGAGUCUGCCAUUAUGAUGCCAUUUUCAGGUCGUCUUAUCUUAUUUGAUCAUCAUCAUCUCUGUAAUGCGGUCCAGAGUCUCUCAGGCCAGACGUCUGUGGUCUGGAAGUGCGUUGGGAAUCUUGUAGCAGUGCAGUGUUUGGGUUAAAGAGGUUUGGACUCGCAGUCGUAUAAACAAGUGUUGCAUGUACCGAAGACAUGCGGCGGUUUCUUUCAUGCUUCUCACUAGCAGCUAAUUGGCGCUUUUUUUUUUUUUUGCAAGUUUCUCACUGCAUGCUUCUGAUGUAAUCAUAGCUAGACGUAUUAGUCUAGACUCAUACAUGCACAAGCAGUAUCAACCGGCUUUUUCUUUUCUUUCAGCCAUGUACUACUUCUAGCACUUUAUGCAUGUGUGUUUUUCUUUCCAUUUUUCAGUUUCUCUUCUCUGCAGCCUGUGAAUAAAAAUGUUCUGCAGCUCUUUUACAGAAAACAAAUUGUUUGUGUCUCCAUCAGGUUUGUAGAAAUGUAGCACUGCAUCAGUGUCUCAUCAAUGGAUGCUCUGCAGUGAAUGGGUGCCGUCAGAAUGAGAGUCUGAUAAAAACAUCACAAUAAUCCACAGCACUCCAGUCCAUCAGUGAACAUCUGGACAAGACAAAACCUGAAACAAAUCCAGCAUUAAGAUGAUUUUAACUCAAACACAUAGAGUCUAUAAUCCAUGAUAACACUUCCUCCAGUGAAAAAGUGUUCUGGUCUGAAUCAGGAGAGAAAUCUGCACAGAUCAAGCAGCGUUUAAACAGAUCUAAACUAAUCUGUGAGAGACAACAGCAGAUGCUCUUUUUACUGACUCUCGUUCUGACGGCACCCAUUCACUGCAGAGCAUCCAUUGAUGAGACACUGAUGCAGUGCUACAUUUCUACAAAUCUGAUGAAGACACAGACUCAUGCUGAUCUUGGGUAAACUGAGGAAAUUAAAAUUUUCAGGUGAACUGCAUUACUGGCUUCACUGGUGAAAGGUCACAAGGGCUCCAUUUGAUCUGUGUCUAAAGGAAACUAAUGAAAUAAUACUUUUAUACCACUAAUCUCUCUGUUUUUAAGAGCGCCCACACCAUCUCCUCUGAUGCCGGAGAAUAUCAGUUAUAAAUGAUGCUCAUGUAUGGAUUUGAGAUGAACUGGAACGGUGUGUGUGUUGAUGUGAACAUUGAAAGCCAUACGACAUGAACAUGAUGGAAAAUAAGAUGUCAGUAUUAUUCAGAGCUUGUGUUUUCUCUGUGAAAUGACAGACUCACUCUUUUAGUAAGUCUUGCAUGUCUGGGAGUGAGUUUAGAUGACAGAUCAAUACUUCUGUUAACCCUGAUUUCAUAUUCUGUUCAAAAAGAAUUAGUAAAGUUCUGAAUGAGGAGAGCGUUUCCUCAUAUAGUGCAUACUUUUAGCAAUUUAUUAAAUACCGUAUAAUAUCACGUUGA